UUUUUUUUCAAGUUGUCAACAAAAAUUCGCGAAGAUGGCUGCUUGGCAAGUGAUCUGCAAAGAAGUCGCCAAUUUGCGAGAGCUAAUGGCAAGAAAUGGACGGUUUUCAGCGGCGAUCGGUUGCCUGACAUUGCUCACCGUUGUCUUUUAUAACCACCUGUCCAUCCUCGCCAUACCAUGGUUCUUCCUGGGCGGCAUGGCCUCGUUCUACAUCCUCUUCAGUCGCAUCUCGGUCCUUCCCAACCUUCUGAUCAUGUACGAGAGAAAGAAGCCACUCACAGCCAGAGAGCAACCAUUGGCCCACAUCUGCACUGUGUGUGGCGACUCGGAUUGCAUGAGGCACAAGUCAGAUCUUACAUUGAACAAAGUACAACCCUGGAAUGACAUCUAUAUACCAGAACGAGUGGAUGUGGCCCUGUCAGAGCUUUUCGAGCUGAUUUUUAGAGAUUAUGUCUACAGCUGGUACACUCCCCUGAUCAGCAAGGAGGAAGAGUUUGUUAAUGAGCUCCGGGUCACCCUUCGUCACCUGGUCGCCGUGGUACUACGCCGUGUCAGAGAUGUGGACCUGCCGACGUUUAUACUCGACAAACUCGUCAAGGCCGCCUUGUGUCAUCUAGAUGUCUUGCUCAGAGCAAAGCAAAAAGCCAAAUGGGGAGAGGACUUUCAGGAGCUUGUGUUCAAGACCUACGGUAAUCAUCUACACUGUGCUGUCAGGAAUCGCAAAGCGGAGCUGGAGUACCUCAGACAUCUAUGUGAAAUGCUGUUCCCAUUGUUGAUUCCCAGGAAUUCACACGACAAUAAGGCCACCCAAACAUUUGUGCGAGAAGUGGCAAGUGGGUCUAUCUUCUUACUAGGGAUGGACGUUGUGGCUGAUCCAGAUAUUGUGAACAAGCUUCUCAUGAUAUUCUUUGAUGAAGAACCAUUCCCACCGGCAACAGAUCCUCCAUCUGAGAAAGUGGUUCUGUUGGAAUCCUUCAGUAACAUCCAUCCCGUCAACAAGUCUAGCGCUCUGCAGUAUGAGAUGUCUGAGAUCUUGGGGGACCACUCUCUCCUCUUCCCAUUCCUUCAGUACAUGAAACGAGACGGGGCUCUAAACAUCUUACAGUUCUGCCUGACAGUGGAGGAUUUUAACAGACGCAGCCUGGUGCCGGACAUGACCGACGAACAGAAGCAGUCCCUGCACGGGGAAGCCCAGGAUCUACACCUGCUGUAUUUUGCCCCCGGUGCCGUGGACAAGAUCAAGUUUGACGAGGACAUUGAGGCAGAGAUGCAAGAAAUUGUUAAUGGACCGUACGAAGGCGUAACAAGACUCAGGACCUCAUCAACUUUGUUCAGAGCCUACGAGCAUGCCUACAAGUUGAUGGAGAAUGUCUUCUGUCCACUUUUUCACCACAGCGAUGAGUAUUUCACCCUGAUGUGCGGCAAAAGACGGCAAGUCCUUCCCAAGCAGGCGACAAGGGUUGUCACCAAACGUUCUAGUGAUCCCAUUGCAGCUAUGCACAGACUGGGCAGCAGGAUCAAAGGAGUGUUCCGCAGCUCAAAUGCCGACAGUGACACUGCCAGUAUGUCUUCGUUGGACAUCGCUGAAUCAGAAUCCAGCCAACCCCCAUCUGACACAGAACUCCUCUCCGAUGAGGAGGAGGCUGGUAUGAAGUCGCCGAUCCACGACAUGAGCGCGUGGAGGGUCAGCAUCCCACGAAUAGAUGCCAGGCUGGACGGCACCAAGGAUUACUGUGUGUACGUCAUCGACGUGCAGCGGAUUGACGUCAAGGAAGGGGGAGGCGAGGAAACAUCCUGGGAAGUGGAAAGGCGCUACCACGAGUUUCAUGUCUUGGAGGCCAAACUCAAAGAAUUCCAUGGUAUAUUCGAAGAUGCCCAGUUGCCCCAGCGAAGACCCCUGCACCCGUUUGCCUCAAUCUCCCUGGAUUUCAUGGAGAAGAGAAAAGACAGCUGCGAGAAAUUCCUCCAGACACUCUUGACUAAACCCAACUUACGAAGCAGCCAGCUUCUCUACAGCUUCCUGACCAAGAGUGAAGAGUUUGUCAACAAGUUCUUGGGAGAUGUCAACCUUGGGAAGUUGGUCAGAACGAUGUCUUACAGAGUUAUCAAAGAGCGAGGGCAGCAUCUGGAUCCAUUCCUGCAGUCAUUCAUUGCCUCCGUCGAGGCACCAAAACCAAAGGCAGGAAAAAUGGAAGAAGCAGUUGACCCAGCCAAGCACCUUGCUGAAAAGCUGGACAGUCCCAUAUUUGGUGAUAAUGCCGGUCUGCCAUUGAUACGAGAAACGCUCAAAGAACCCGGCCCGGAUCCCUCGGCAGACUACCUACAACUCAACGGGAUAUUCGACUACAUUCUCUACCUUGCCACUGCCGUAUUCAACGUCGCUCCAUGGAUGCACCAGGGGCUGAUAGUCUUCCAGAAACUCUUCAAGAACUCACUGGAGACAUUCCUUGACAGCUAUCUGGCCAAGAAACUGGAGAUUGUGCAGUCUGAGGAACAAGUGGAAGACAUCAUUCAUAAUCUGAGAGAUGUUCUUUUCUUUGAUGAUGAGCCUCCAAGAACAGAUGCCCAGAAGCAGCAGCGCAAGGAGGAAACCUUCCAGCAGAUGCUCGACUUCUUCCCCAAGCAACUGCAUCAGGUGAUUGGGGAGGACAAGUUUUGCGCCGGUCUGCGAUUCGUCUUUGACGGCUUGCAGUAUCCCAAACUCAACAAACAGCUUGCCUAUACAUUGCUCGACAUAGUACUUUUGGAGGCUUUUCCUGAACUUGCCGUUAAUGUGAAGGACCCAUCAGCAGAGGUGUAAGCCGUACGUCAUUGAAGUCUUCAAGGGUUCUGUAACUUUGUUCUGUAAAUAUGUACCGAUAUGAUCAUGAUAUAACUGAUAACUAGCAAUUUUUCAAUAACAGGUGAGAGCAGGUCCUAUUAGUUGUUUGACAGCAUGAAAAAAAUAGCUCUAACUUUCGUAGAAAGAUAAUACGCCAAUACAAAUAAUGACAUUAGUAAUGUGAAUUAAUGUUUCGGGUGGCGUGGUUGGCUUGUGCAUAAAGCGCUCGCCUCUCACCACUGUGGCCCUGGUUCGAAUCCCAUCCACGGACCAUUCUUGCCAUAUGCGAGUACAGUUCUCACCUGUGCCACGAGGGUUUUUCUACAGGCCCUCCGGUUUUCCUCCCUCCGGAAAAAUCAAAUACUUUUGAUCUCUGGCUGUGCUCCGUGGUCAUAUAUGGGUUGAUGUGGCUGGCUGCAAAAAGUGAGCGGCUCAACUACAUCUACUUUGUGGUCGCGCCCUUCGCAAUUCAGCUUCUCAUCUGCCAGUAUGGAUGAUUAGAGC